AUGCCAGCCGCGAAACCCCAAAGCCAACCGCGAAACCUCGCCAGCCACGAAACCCCAACACCAGCUGCGAAAUCCCAACGCCUGCCGCGAACCCGCAACGCCAGCCGCGAACGAGCAGCCAGCCGCGAACCCCCAACGCGCCGCGAACCCCCAACGGCAGCCGCUAUACACCCAACGGCAGCCGCUAUACCCCCAACGCCCGUCCCGCGAACCCCCAUCGCCAACGGCGAACCCCCAACGCCAGCCUCUAUACCGCCGCCAGCCCUGAAACCCCAACCCCAGCCGCGCAACCCCAACGCCAGCCGCGAAGCCAUAACGCCAACCGCGAAAUCCCAACCUCAGCCGCGAACAUCCAACACCAGCCACGAAACCUCAACGCCAGUUUCUAAAGCCAAACGCCAGCAGCAAAAACCCGACGCCAGCCACGAAACCCCAACGGCAGCCGCUAAACACCACCGGCAGCCGCAAACCCCCAACGCCAGCCCCGAAACCACUAUGCCAGCCACUAAACACCAACGCCAGGCUCUAAACCCAAACCCGAUAAACUCCAACCACAGCCGCAAACCCCGUACGCCAGCCGCAAAACCCCAACGCAAACCGCGAAACCUCAACACCAUCCGUGAUACCCCAACGCCAGCCUAUAAACCUCAACGCCAGCCGGGAAAAACCCAACGCCAGCCGCUAAACACCAAAGAAUGCCCGCAACACCAGCCUCUACACACCAAUGGCUGCCGGAAAAUCCCAACGACAGCUGCAAAACUCCAACGCCAGCCGCACACACCCAACGCCAGCCGCAAAACCCCAAUGACUGCCGCGGAACCAGCAAUGCCAGCCGCGAACCCGCAUCGCAAGCCGAAAACCCCCAACACCAGCCGCGAACCCUCAACGCCAGCCGCGAACCUCCAACAGCCUCUAAACCUAAUGCCAGCCGCGAAACACCAACACCAGCGGCGAAAUCCCAACGCCAGCCGCAAAGCCGCUACACCCCAAUCCUCAAAACCCCGCCAGCCGCCAAACACCAACGUCAGCCACGAAACCCCGCCAGCAGCGAAACACCAACGCCGCCCUAUAAAACACAACGCCAGACCACCAACGGCAGCCCCACGAAACCUCGGCAGCUGCGAAAUCCCCUCCAGCCGCAAAACUCCAACUUCAGCCGCGACCCCCGUCAGCCGCGAAACCCCAACGCCAGCCGCGAAAACCCAACUCCAGCUGCGAACAUCUACCGGCAGCCGCGAUCCGCUAAAUCCCAACGCCAGCCGCGAAACACCAACGCCAGCCGCUAAAACCCAUCACCAGGCGCGAAAUCGCAACGCCAGCCGCGAACCCCCGAUGCCAGCCGCGAACCCCCAACGACAGCCGCGCAACCCCAACCCGCGAAACCCCAAUGCCAUCCGCGUAACCCCGCCAGCCUCGAAACCCCACCAGCUGCGAAAUCCCAACUCGAGCCGCAAAGCUCCAACGUCAGCCGCGACCCCCAACGCCAUGCACAAGCCACCAACCUGUGAACCCCCAACGCCAGCCGCGAACUCCCAACGCCAGUCGCGAACCCCCAUCGCCAUGCGCGAACCCCCAAUGCCAGCCACGAAACCCCAACGCCAGCCGCGAAGCCCCAACGCCGGCUGCGAAACCCCAAUGCCGGCCUCUGAACCACAACGCCAGAUUCUAAACCCCAACGCCAGCCGGGAAAACCCAACGCCAGCCGAGAAACCCCACCGUCAGCCGCGAAACACUAUCGCCAGGCGCGAACCCCCAACGCCAGCUGUGAACCCCCAACGCCAGUCGCAAACCCCCAUCGCCAGGCGCGAACCCCCAACGCCAGCCGCGAAAACCCAACGCCAGCCGCGAACCCCCACCGCCAGCACCGCGAAAACCGCUAAAUCUGCAGCCGCUAAAUCCCAACGUCAGCCACGAAACACCAACGCCAGCCGCCACAAACCAGCUCCCGUCCCUCCAGCAGCUCAGCAAAUUAAUUCCCAGGGACAG